ACAAGCGGGCAGCCUGCUGCUGAGGAUUUACAUCGCUGAUCUCCCAUCCCAGGCACAUGUCCUCUUGCUCUCUGAGGUUUGCAAGGAUCACUUCUGUAUGGCCCCUGGUGUUCUUAUGACUUCUUUGCAGCUUGGUGGAGCAAAAGUUGAAAGCCCAACUUACAGCAAGACAACCAUGCAGACCAGCCUAAAGAUGGCAGUGGAGGAAGAAAGUGACAACAAGCCCAGGGUGAAUGCUGCGGUCCUGCCCUUCAGUGUGGAGGCACUGAUGGCUGACAGGAGGCCUGGGAGGGACAGGGACAUCUCCAGCCCGACUGUGUCUCCACUAGCUGGGACUUCUCAAAGCCCAAGGAUGGGCUCCCUGGCCGCAGACACCCCCAGCUCCCCUCCUCUGUCUCACAGUCACUUUACUGUAGGAGGAAUCAUGAAACUCCCAGAAGAAGCACUUGUCAAGUCUGAGAGUCCUGACAGAGAGAGGAGCCCCUGGAUGCAGAAUCCCAGAUUCUCUCCUUCCCCAACAAGGAGGAUGAGCCCCCCAGCCUGCACUCUAAGAAAGCACAAAACCAACAGGAAACCAAGGACUCCCUUCACCACCUCCCAGCUCCUGGCCCUGGAGAGGAAAUUCAGACAGAAACAAUAUCUUUCCAUAGCCGAAAGAGCCGAGUUCUCCAGUUCCCUCAACCUCACCGAGACUCAGGUCAAGAUCUGGUUCCAAAACAGAAGAGCCAAAGCCAAGAGGCUUCAAGAAGCAGAGCUUGAAAAACUCAAAAUGGCAGCCAAGCCCAUGUUGCCACCAGCUUUCGGUAUCUCCUUCCCACUGGGGACUGGUAUGCCCACAGCUUCAUUGUAUGGAACCUCCAAUCCUUUCCAGAGGCCCCUGCCAAUGUCACCCAUGGGACUGUACACUGCACAUGUUGGAUACAGCAUGUAUCAUCUCUCUUAAUAAGUCACUUGAAGCCUAAAAUCCAAGACUGUUGGCAAGGACCUUGUGUGACGUCUCCCCCCCAACCAUGACUUGUGUCACUAUUUAUGAAUUCCUAGGGAAUUCAUCAGUAGAAAUACUAGAUCACCUCAACAUGUAUUGCCAUUAUCGCCUUGUUAGCUGCAUCUGACUAGAGGAACCCUACAAGCCCACUUGUGGAAGCUGGACCAUGUGUAAAGCAACCUGGAAGUCCAAGAGCCAAAGUUCUUCUUGUUCCAUCCAAAAAAAUUAGGUUUGAUUUAAAAAAGAAAAAAAACUUAAAUGAGUUCACAAACCUUACAGAAAAACUGAUGGUGCAGCAGUCCUGUGGUCCACAACCUGAGGCUUGCUUGCCAGCUGCCAGCACAUGCUGAGAGUUGUAGUUUUCCAACAGCUGGUGAGCCACAGGUUUCAGAGCUCUGCUGUAGACUAUAGCAAGGGGUGAAAAGGCGCCUGGAACGAGAGGACUUCUCGUCUGCCUUGAUCCUGGUGUCAGCAGAUGACAUGGUCGAUAAAGGGAUCUAUAUGUGUAAAGAGAAUUGUCUCUUCCAUGUAAGAGAUGAGGUAUUUCUAGAGAACGGCACUGUCUGUUUGCCUCCUGUUACCGCAUUCGUCCCUUUGGAAGGGA